AUGCCGUCGCAGCCGGGCGACGAGGCAGUCGGGAAGGCUCCCCCGUCGGCCAGCGUCCCGCGGCGUACGAACGCGGCGUCGUUCAACGAGCAGCUCGUGGCCCCGUACAAGAGCCCCGAUGACUCCGAGGAGUCCCUCGCCCCGACCAAGUCCGGGGGCCACGUCACGCGGUUCGAUGGCUCGAGCGUCCUCAGCCCAGGUGCCUUGCACGGGCUGCGCGUGGCGGAAAAGCGCUCGCGCAGGGGCAGCGUGGACGUCUCGGGGCGGCGAGGGAGCGACACGUCGGCCCCGCGGGGCAGCAGCCUCCACAUGCGCCGCGUGGGGCCGACGGCGGGGAGCGAGACCGUGCCCUCGAUUGCCGAGCUCGGUUCCGCGCCGGAGAUCGAGAAAGAGGGUCUGCCUGCGGGCAGUCGGGACUGGAGGCACCGCUCGUGCGUGCUCGCGUGGCUGGCCAACACCGCAGGGCUGCUGCUCCACGCCGUGCGCGUCAGGCCGCUCAUCGUGCUCUGGAGCAUCCUCGCCACGUGCGCCGUCCUCGCCGCGCUCCUCGUCCCGGUCCUCCUCGUCGUUGACAACCAAAAGGCCAACAACAUGACGGAAGCGCGCAGCAUCGCGACCCAGGAGGCAACAGACCUGACAGAGGUCCUGACGCUCUUCUUCGCGCCCACGGAAGCCCUGGCGUCCAUCGUGGCGUACGGCGACCUCCCGAACCCCGACAUCUCCCUCCCGCAGCUCCCGGACCUCUACGACACCGUCCUGCGCGGCGGCGCGACGCAACGCGUCAUCGCCAACCUGCAGCUCGCGCCGGACGGGAUCGUGGCCGCGGUGGAGCCGCUCGAGGGCAACGAGGCGAUCAUCGGGUUCAACAUCAUCGACGACGAGCGGCAGCGCGCCAGCGCGCUCGCGCAGGCCGCGAGCCGCCGCAUGUCGAUCGUGGGGCCGUUCCAGCUGCAGCAGGGGGGGUUUGGGGGGCUCGCGCGCGUGCCGGUGCGCGUGCGCCUGACCCCGGCGAACGCCGCGCGCGCGGACAUCCGCGUGCGCGCGGACGGCACGCGCGAGGCGUCGUUCGCGCAGCCGCGCGUCGGCCGGGGCGGCGCGUGGGACGCGGUGUGCGCCAAGUCGGCCGCGCGGGUCGACGCCGCGACGGGCGAGCUCGCGCACGCCGGCGCGCCGUGCUUCAACUACUGGCCCGUCGACGAGCAGGAGAACACCGUGUUUUGGGGCUUCGCCACCGCCCUGUUUCUCGCAGACCAACUCCUGUCGCAAACGACGCUGUCGGCGCUGCCGGAGGCCGGCAUGCAGUACCGGCUGUUCCGCGUGUUCGGCGACAGCGAGAUCACGAUCGCGCAGAGCGACGACUUCGGCGGCGCGUCCGUCCAGGUCGACGUGGCGCUCCCCGGGGGGGGGGUGUGGUUUCUACAGGUCGCCGAGUCCGACGGGGACUUCCAGCCGGGCUGGUGGGUCCCCGCGGUCGUCGCGGUCGUCCUCGUCGCCGUCGCGGCGGGCCUCGUCACGCUCUGCGUCCUCGCCGGCAACGUCGGCCACCGCGAGCUCCUCUGCCGCAUGAUGCCGCAGCGCGUGAUCGACGCGGUUCGCCGACGCGGGGAGUACCGCGAGAUGUUCCCGGCGGUCGUCAUCAUGUUCGCGGACAUCGUGCGGUACACGCAGCUCAGCGCGCAGCUCUCCGACGCCAGCGAGGUGCUCUCCGUCCUCAGCGAGCUCUACAGCCAGUUCGACACGCUGUGCGAGAUACACGGCGUGUUCAAGCUCGAGACGAUCGGGGACUCGUACGUCGCGGUCGCGGGCGCCGAGCCCGGGCAGCCGGACCCCGCCGACAACCUCCGCCGCAUGGUCAGCCUCGCGAUGAACAUCUCGCGUGUCGCCGAGUCCUAUCGUCGACCGGACGGCAAGCCGCUGCAGCUGCGGGUCGGGAUCCACGCGGGCCCCGUCGCCGCGGGCGUUCUGGGGCAGAAGGUCCCGAAAUUCACGCUCAUCGGCGACGCGAUGAACGUUGCGGCGCGGAUGGAGUCGAGCGGGCUGCCGGGGGAGAUACAUGUGUCGGACGCGGUGGCGAGGGUGGUGCCGGAGCUGGUGUACGACCCGCAGACGGCGGGCGCGGUGCCGCCGAUGCCGUGGCACUUGAUCAAGCGGCUCGACGCGGAGGGGCACCCGUUGUUCGUGAAGGGCAAGGGGUAUAUGCAAACGUAUGUGGUGAGGUUCGGAGAGGAGCGGGGCAGCGGGAAGGAGUGGCUGGCGGUGGCGGCGGGGGAGAACGGGGACGCGGUGGGGAGCUCGGUGUUCACGACGAGCGGGGUGUCGCGGCACGCGCCGAACAGCGCGGCGAUUGCCGCGCUCGCACGCACGCGGGCGCACAGCGGUGACGUGCGGAGCGCGUCGGCGGCGGCGAUGAGCCGGCUGCGGUUCGGGGCGUCGGCGGCGGUGGUGAACGGCAUCGGCGCCGCGUCCGGGCACGUGGCUGCGCGGGAGGAGUCGGCAGCGGCAGAGCAGCGACUCACCGCCGAGGUGAGGAGGCACGCGUCGCACGCCACGCCCGUGCCGGCGGCGGUGCGGAAGGCCGCUGCGUCGCGGUCGCACGUGCUGGAGAUGGGCGGCGACGCGCGGAAGCGGAGCGCGAGGCGGAGAUGA